AUGAAUGGAACAGAAGUUUCCCCAGAUCUGAGACCGGGCCUCUUCUACGUGGCACCCACAGAGCCUCUGAAAGCCAGACCUUUGUUAAGCCGUUCUGAGCUAUCACCACGUGCUGUGAAUCCCCGGCUUGAGUUUACGGUCAGAUGGAGCCGGGUUCCCGGGGCUGCAAAGGUUGAAGACAGCCCCCGAGAGCUAGAUCAUUCUGUUGAGGUUUCGCGUCAGACUUUCUAUUUUGUGUCUGACUGGUCUCCCAUGCACGAUGCUGCUAUUAAUGGACGUCUCCUUUCUCUAAGGAUGCUCAUCAGUCAGGGAUAUGGUGUAAACCUAGUUACAGCUGAUCGAGUCUCUCCACUUCAUGAAGCUUGCCUUGGGGGCCACCCAACUUGUGCUGGUGUUCUGUUGAAGCAUGGGGCUCAGGUGGAUGGAGUGACUGUUGAUUGGCACACACCUCUGUAUAAUGCCUGUGUUAGUGGAAGCCAGGACUGUGUGAACUUAUUGUUAGAACAUGGAGCCAGUCCCCAUGCUGUGUGUGAUCUUGCAUCUCCCAUCCAUGAAGCUGCCAAAAGAGGUCACCUGGGGUGUGUGGAAUCCCUUGUAUCUCAUGGAGCAAAUAUAAAUGAAAAUAUCAGGCACCUUGGCACUCCACUUUAUGUGGCUUGUGAAAACCAGCAGAUAGCCUGUGCCAAGAAGCUACUUGAAUCAGGAGCAAGUCCUAAUCAAGGCAAAGAACUGGAUUCUCCUCUUCACGUGGCAGCCAGGAAUUCUAGUUCGGACCUAGUUCAUUUGUUGAUUGACUUUGGAGCAGAGCCACACUCAAAGAAUGCUGAAGGCAAACGGCCAGCGGAUUUGGUUCCCCCGAAUAGCACCCUAGCACAAGUAUUCUCCCAGAAAGAAGGGCCCCUGUCUUUGAUGCAGAUAUGCCGACUCCGAAUUAGGAAGUGCUUUGGAAUCAAACAACAUCAUAGAAUAAGUGAACUACUUCUUCCUGAGGAGCUGAAACGAUUUCUCUUACACAUCUAAACACCUUCUUGUUUUCCUAAAUAAGAGGCAAAUACACUAGCAUAUUAAAAUUAUCCUUCUUUAAAAAAAAA